CGUGCCUAAAGGGUCCAUUUGGGCAAAAGUUGUUGAAGAUUUUAAUGAGUGCCAUCAGUUCUUUUAUGAGAAAUCUGAACCACAGGGCAUGGAUCAAAAUGCCAGGAAGAUUUGCCAGCAGCAUGGAUAUGGAUAUUUAUAUGCCUCACUGUAUUCAACAUCCCACAGGAUUCCUGUGUACAGUGCCUACAUCUUUGAUCCUGGCUGUGACAACAAAGGAGGACGAAAAAGUGGUGAAUGGUUCAUUGAGCCUAAGCUUUCUGGCAUUUCUGAGGACUCGAUGCAACCAGAGAGGAACUAUAGAGACACAAUAAAACAAAACCAAGCUGUUAAUGAUGACUACAGAUUCUCAGGUUAUGACCGAGGACACCUCAACCCCAACAGUUUCCAUUGUGGGGAAGAUGGUCGUACAGCUACGUUCACUCUGACCAAUGCUGCGCCCAUGGAUGCUUGCUUCAACCGUGUCCAUUGGAAAGACUGGGAGAAAGGUGUCAAAGACAUUUUAAAGGCUGAACCACCAGGUGUGGGAACUGCUUACCUGGUAACAGGAACUGUUGUUGAUGCAUCAGGUUAUAGAAUACCAAGACGAGGAGAAUUUGAUGGUGAUAGCACAAGAGAAUACAACAGGGUUACUGUUCCUACUCAUAUCUGGACAGCUGUUUGUUAUAAGCAUCAUUUAAAUGAUGAAGAGUCAUAUUCUUUUGGCUUUAUAGGGAAAAAUCAGCCUGAUAGCAACAUAAUGGUCGAGACUGUGCCACAACUUAAUCGUUACCUGUCUAAACUUCAUGGUAGUGGCAUAAAGAUUUUCACAGAUGACUGUUUUUCUACCAACCGUAAAUCUGAGGAAAAUGUCAAGCGGCUUUACAGGGAAAUCCGGUUGCCUAUGAGUGACAAACUGCACAUGUCUGAUGAUGCUCUGAACACAUUUCAUACUGCUAUGAGCCAGUUUAAUGAUCUACAUCCUUUAAAGAGGCCAAAGGUAACAGGAAUGACAAUACUUGAGUCUUUUGACAGCCUAGAGACAUGGUUUAAAACUACAGAGACCAUGAAAUAUCUGUCUGGGUCAGCUUGUGUAUUAUCCCAGCCAAUCUCUGCCCUCGUUAAGACUGUUGGUAGAAAAGAGUUGAGAAAAAGAGACACUGCUGAAGAUUCUGCAGAGGUCGUUUGUAGUCUUGUUCCAGAAGAGGCAUCAGACUGCACUAGCUCUUGCCUGUACAAGGAGGAGGCUGGAGGUUAUUAUUGUUACUAUGGAAAUACAGAGAGAUCGUGUUCUCCAGUGUAUUCCAUGAUGACAGUGGCAGGAACUAGGUGUAACAGUGACCACACAUGUGGCAAGCACGGUACACACUACUACUGGUGCAAUGUAGGCAGUUCAUGGGAAUACUGCAGUCCCCCUCUACCUUUAGGCAAAGGAAGAGAUGGGCACUACUGCCGUUCCGACCACAACUGUGGCUGGUAUGGUCACCAAUACACCUGGUGUUACACUGACUAUGAUGGCAACUGGGACUUUUGUUGUUCUAGUGAUAGUCGUUACAGUGCUGAAGGUGACAAGACCUGUAAGUCUGAUAGUCCAUGCAGUCUUUAUUACUCUAUGGCUUACUUUUCGGAUAUCGCUUUUUGCGACACAAUAGGUGGGUCUUGGGCACGCUGCUGCACCCCGUGACCCAUCUCUUCAGGUUUAGAAAACGUUUAGCUUUUAGAAAAUAAUUUAGAAAACUUUUAGUUUAGAAAAUAAUCAGAUUACUG